UUCCAAGCUCUUUGCGGAGUCCGAUAACCCCGGAAUCCGCCAUGGAAGAUGAAUAGAAUAAUCUCCACACCAGCCUCCAAAUUCCGCCACCUCCGGCGACACCUCGCCAGGUCCAGCGACGCCACCGCUGCCGUCUCGGGCGACGAGCACGCCCACCACAUCCUAUGGCGGUACCAGAUCCUGGCCCCAGACUGCGACAUUGUAGCCCACUGGAACCACCUCUUCCUCGUCACCUGCCUCAUCGCCCUCUUCAUCGACCCUCUCUACUUCUACCUCCCCUCCGUCGCCGGCCCCGCCUGCCUCUCCACCGACGUCAGCCUGGGCAUCGCCAUCACCUUCUUCCGCUCCGUCACCGAUCUCUUCUUCAUCCUCCACGUCCUCAUGAAGUUCCGCACCGCCUUCGUUGCCCCCAGCUCUAGGGUUUUCGGCCGCGGCGAGCUCGUCAUGGACGCCAGGGAGAUCGCCAUGCGCUACUUGAAAUCCGAUUUCCUUAUCGAUCUCUGUGCAGCGCUUCCUUUGCCUCAGAUUGUUAUCUGGUUAGUAAUUCCGGCGACCAGAAACUCAAGAGCUGAUCAUGCCAACAACACUUUGGCACUUUUUGUUCUCAUUCAAUACAUUCCUAGAUUGUUUCUUAUGUUCCCUCUCAAUCAGCGUAUCAUCAAAACUACCGGCGUUGUCGCCAAGACUGCUUGGGCCGGCGCUGCGUACAAUCUUCUUCUUUACAUGCUAGCUAGUCAUAUAUUAGGAGCUUCUUGGUAUCUGUUGUCCAUAGGAAGGCAGUUCUCAUGUUGGCAAAUGGAGUGCACCAAGGAGAGCGCCUCGCGGCUUCUCUCUUGCCUCCCUUCUUAUCUGGAUUGUAAUAGUUUAGAAAUGCCUGCGCGGAGGUCUUGGCUGAAUGCCACCCGCGUCACUACUAGAUGCGAUGCGAGAAACGACAAUAUCAAUUUCAAGUUUGGAAUGUUUGCCGAUGCUUUUACCAAUGAAGUUGCCUCUUCAAGAUUUGUGGAGAAGUACUUGUAUUGUCUUUGGUGGGGCUUGAGAAACUUAAGCUCAUAUGGACAGAAUUUGGAGACAAGCCGAUUCCUUGGCGAGACAACUUUUUGCAUUCUUAUAUGCAUUAUUGGUUUAAUUCUGUUCUCGCAUUUGAUUGGAAAUAUGCAGACUUAUUUGCAAUCAAUGACGGUAAGACUUGAAGAAUGGAGGGUCAAGCGAAGAGAUACUGAGGAAUGGAUGAGGCAUCGCCAGUUACCUCCAGAUUUGCAGGAACGCGUUCGUCGGUUCGUGCAAUACCAAUGGCUUGCCACCAGAGGAGUUAAUGAAGAAUCCAUACUGCGUUCGUUACCUUUGGAUCUUCGACGUGAAAUUCAACGGCAUUUGUGUCUUGCCCUUGUUCGCCGAGUUCCUUUCUUCUCGCAAAUGGAUGACCAGCUUCUCGAUGCCAUAUGCGAGCGUCUUGUCUCAUCUUUGAGCAUCCAAGGCACCUAUAUCUUUCAAGAGGGUGAUCCGGUAAAUGAGAUGUUGUUCAUAAUUAGAGGACAGCUUGAGAGCUCCACAACUAAUGGUGGAAGAUCCGGUUUCUUUAACUCCAUCACUCUUAGACCUGGUGACUUCUGUGGUGAGGAGUUACUGACUUGGGCUUUAAUGCCAAGCUCUAGCCUAAACCUGCCUUCUUCAACUCGGACAGUGAGAGCUCUUACCGAAGUUGAAGCUUUUGCGCUUCGAGCUGAGGACCUCAAGUUCGUCGCCAGUCAGUUCAAGCGUCUGCACAGCAAGAAACUUCAGCAUGCCUUCAGAUACUAUUCCCACCAAUGGAGGACAUGGGGUGCUUGCUUCAUACAAACUGCUUGGAGAAGGUUUAAGAAGAGGAAGAUGGCAAAGGAGUUGACAAUGCAGGAGAGCUUUUACUAUUCGCAAAUCUCAGGCAAGGAGGAUGAUUAUGUUGGCGAGCUAGCUGGCGGAGAUUACGAGAAUGAGUGUGGUGAAACUCUAUCAGGAGACGAUGCAAGCAAUGGCCGGAAUCUUGGGGCCACAAUUCUGGCUUCGAAAUUUGCUGCCAACACAAAAAGAGGGGCCAACCAGAAAGUUCGGCGGGCUGGCCCUACUUCCACUAGCUUAAAGAUGCCCAAGAUGUUUAAACCAGAUGAACCUGAUUUCUCCUCGUACUAAGAGGAUGUUUAGUUAGCAAGUGAAGUAACCAAGUACUAGUUUA